GUCUGCGCAGGAGCACACGAACCACCGGUCAGGCGGCAGAAUACGGAACAGCGACACAACCUCUGGAUAACCGGACACCGGCCACACUCCUCCCGUUAGCUCUUAGUCAACAUGAACCGGUUCGCUCGUUAGCCCCUCCUCAUCGCCUCGCCUCCGGUAUCGGGUAUCUCUCAAUGGCGGACCCGACGGAACCAGCCCCGGCAAGCGUGGAGGAUGAGAAGACGGAGCGUAUCAACGACGCAGAGCUGGCACUGAAAGGCAUCAAUAUGCUCCUCAACAAUGGAUUCAAGGAGAGCGACGAGCUAUUCCGGACAUACAGGAACUGCAGUCCUUUGAUGAGUUUCGGGGCUAGUUUUGUGAGUUUUCUGAAUGCCAUGAUGACGUUUGAAGAGGAGAAAAUGCAGAUGGCCUUUGAGGACCUCAAAGCUACAGAGAGACUGUGUGAGAGUGAAAACACUGGUGUCAUUGAAACCAUUAAAAACAAGAUCAAGAGGAGUGUGGACUCUCAGAGGUCGGGGGUGGCUGCAGUGGACCGACUCCAGAGGCAGAUCAUCAUUGCAGACUGCCAGGUUUACCUUGCAGUGCUGUCUUUCAUCAAACAAGAGCUGUCAUCAUACAUCAAAGGAGGCUGGAUCCUCCGUAAAGCCUGGAAGAUGUACAACAAGUGUUACAGCGACAUCUCACACCUGCAGGAGGGCAGCAGACGAAGAGCGUCUGAACAGCAAGCGACGCCGCCUCCGUCUCUGUCCUCCUCCUCAGACCGCAGCCGCUCCUCUUCGCCUGGGCCGAGCCUGUCACAGAGACUGGACGGCGUCAGCCCGGAGGCUCUGGAUCGGCUAAAAGGUUCCGUCAGCUUCGGUUACGGGCUCUUCCACCUCUGUAUCUCGAUGGUGCCACCGCACCUGCUGAAGAUCGUCAACUUGCUGGGUUUCCCUGGCGACCGCCUUCAAGGCCUGUCAGCGCUCACAUACGCCAGUGAAAGUAAGGACAUGAAGGCCCCCUUAGCUACCUUGGCCCUCUUGUGGUACCACACGGUAGUGCAGCCCUUCUUCGCUCUGGAUGGCACAGACACACAGGCAGGCCUGAUGGAAGCCAAAUCCAUUCUUCAACAAAGGGAGGCUAUUUAUCCAAACUCCUCCCUCUUCAUGUUUUUUAAAGGCAGAGUUCAACGCCUUGAGUGCCAGAUCAGUAGUGCCUUGACGUCCUUCCGUGAUGCCUUAGAUCUGGCCUCUGACCAGAGGGAGAUACAGCACGUGUGUUUAUAUGAAAUAGGUUGGUGCAGCAUGAUCGAACUGAACUACACAGAAGCCUACAAAGCCUUUGAGAGACUGAAGACAGAGUCUCGCUGGUCCCAGUGCUACUACGCCUAUUUAACCGGAGUGUGCCAAGGAGCCACAGGUGACCUGGAGGGAGCGGUCUCUGUGUUCAAGGAUGUUCAAAGACUUUUCAAACGCAAGAAUAAUCAGAUCGAGUUGUUCUCCAUGAAGAGGGCUGAGAAGCUAAGGAGCACCAGUCUGUCCAAAGAACUCUGUAUCCUGUCUGUGAUCGAGAUUCUUUACCUGUGGAAAGCUCUGCUAAACUGCUCCACCACCAAGCUGCAGACAAUGACACAAGUUCUGCAGGGGAUUGAUGAUGCCUCAAGUGCAGGCCUGAAAAAUCUGCUUCUUGGUGCCAUUAACAAAUGUCUUCAUAAUACCAAAGAUGCCAUUCAGUAUUUCCAUCUGGCUGCAAGGGAUGAAGUGGGCCGUCUGAGCAACUCUUACGUGCAGCCCUACUCCUGCUAUGAACUGGCCUGUGUGUUGCUGAACACCCCAGAGUCUGUAGCGAAGGGCAGAAUGCUAAUGCUUCAGGCCAAGGAGGACUAUGCCGGAUAUGACUUUGAGAACAGGCUCCAUGUUCGUAUUCAUUCAGCUCUUGCCUCUGUGAGGGCUGAAGCCCAGCCUUGAUAUUUUAUCUGCACUUCAGAAAGAACUGAAAGACAGAGAGGUCUUUUGACAAAAGCCACACCACCAUUCUGCCACUAAUGUUACUGUUUUAUUUGUUGUUUUAUUUAUUGUUUUCAUGUUCUGAGCCAAUGUGUGCAAUAUAUAUUGUGUUUUAUGGUAGCACAGUUACAAGAGGGGUUUUAUUUGUGUUACUAUAUUAGAGAACAAAUUAGGAUUUUAUUGUUUACAUGGUUAAUUUCAAAAUUAGAUGCCAGUUAAAUCAGAUGAAAAUCUAGAAAUUAAUUUUAAAAAGCAUCACUCAUAUUGCUUCCACUGAUGGUUUUCCCUGUGAUUUGAAGUCAAAUUGAAUCAUGGCACAUAUCCAUUAUUAUUUGACCAAGCAAUUAAAGCGAAUGAGAAGUGGAUAUUCUUACCGUCUGUGUUGGUUGCUGACUUUGACAUUUGUGCUGUAAAGGCUUGCUAAUCCAUAGGCAUGAGUACAAAGCAGUUUUUUUAGCGUUGUCCCUUUUUUAAGCAGAAAUGUUUUUAUUGGUGUAAAUAUGUCUUGCGCAAAAGUUUUAAUAGAUGUGCCAACAUCGUGUUGUGCCACUGUUGUGUGGCAUAAGUGCACAAUGCUACUAUUGGCUGUAUACUGGCUCUCCUUUUAUAUUGUUUGUUUUAAGAUAAUAAAAUGAAUAUUGUAAAAUUAAA